AUAGGUUUUAGAAACAGAACUGUGUAUUUAUCUCCAUAGAGCUGAGUAUUUAUCCCCCUUAAUCCUUCAAUAUUCCCUUUCAAAAGUUGUAGGUCUUCAGAGUCAAUAGGUCUUCUAGGCCGGACAUAAUAACCUACCAAAUUAAUUGAAAAGUCGGUUCUUUGGUUAAGUUUAAACCGACAAAUCCUAGGCAUAAUUUUUUCAUUACAUUUUUUAAAGGAUUGCUUUGUUCUAUUGGAAUUUUAUUUCUUAUGCUUAUCGUUUUGAUAGUUUCUGUGGCAAUAACACGUUGGAAAAUGAGUAAACUUUUUGGGGCAAUAAUGUUGCUUGCCUAUGUCUUUUUUUGUGUUUUUAGUGUUUUAAUGGAGAAAAGCUUAAUUAUUUGUCCAUUAAAUGGAAUUAUUACAAAACAAUGUAUUAAUAGAGGAUAA